AUGUGGAUAUUUGCCUACUACGUCAUCUUUACUACGUACCGGUUUGCCCUAAAUAAUGACCAAAAACGUACUUUUGAAAAGAUCGCUGCUCAUUGUGAUAAGAAAUUGGACUACAUUCCACUUACAUUCAUGCUUGGUUUCAUCGUGACAACUAUUGUGAAUCGAUGGAGACAAAUAUUCAACAAUAUGGGAUGGAUUGAGAAGUGA